UCUGGAGCGAAUUGUGUCGAAAUCGAGACAUCCUGGGACUGUGGGGUUUCUCGUCAUUCUCUCAGGGAUGUCCAUGUCUCCAAUAUUUCAGACCGAGGUAUUCACGAUAGCUCACUAGAUUCGGCAAAUUCUAGAGUAAGGGAUGGUCUACUGGAGCAUAUACAUAGUAUUAAGUCCCCUGCUCGUUUUCGAUCUUGCUCGCUUCAUCUCUACACCCUCUCAAUCCGACGAGACAAUGUGGUCAGAAACGGUCGACCCCAACGCGAGAGCCAUCAAGCCCGAGGGCUUCGCGCUGACCGUGCUGAUACUUUCAUUCGUUUUUCUCGGGAUUUCACUAUUGGCAGUGGGAUUAAGAAGCUGGAUCCGGUUAUCGAAACGCAUUUUUGGCAUAGACGAUGCGUUCCUGGCCACUGGAACUGUUCUAUACGUGGUUGUCGUCGGACUGUCUUCUUAUGGCCACUUUGUUGGUCUAGGUUGGAAAGAGGAACACCUGAACGAGUGGCAAUGGGAGAACGGGAUGAAGUACUACAUCAUCUGGAUUCUGGUGUACGUCGUGGCACUAGGGUUCGUGAAGUCAUCCGUCUGCCUUACAAUUCUGCGCAUCGCAACGACAAAGAAGCCGUUGCGCCGUACAGUGUGGCUGCUUCUUGGUGUCACGUGGUGCUCUUUCUUGAUCACUUUCAUCGGCACUUUGUUUUAUUGCCAGCCUGUGAGGGCAGUCUGGUCACCGAAGUUGGUCUUGAAUGGAGGAGGCCACUGCGCUCCAACCGAAACGUUUAUUGUCAUCGCGCAUACGGCAACAGUCUCUACCAUUCUGACGGAUUUGGCGUUGGUGGUAGUUCCUGGGGUACUCUUGUGGGAAACACAAAUGAAACGUCAAGCAAAGCUCCAGGCUUGGGCAUUAUUGUCAUUCGCUUCCGUAGCAUCCAUCAUCACCAUACUCAGAAUCCCGUAUAUCAACAAAUUCCGACAGCAACAGGACUUGCAAUUCUGGGUCUCCCACAUCGUUCUCUGCUCCAACAUCGAAACCGGUAUCGGAUGCAUCGCCUCCUCUCUCCCUUCCUUGCGCCAUUUCACCGAACGCGACACAAGCAACACCACUCAUGGGUACAGCAACAUGCGUCGCGGACGCAUGGGCUUCUUCUCUGUUGGAAACAGGCAAGGCACUACCGGCAAAAGCCGAAACCCGGUCGGAACGGGUAUUUCUUUGAGCACGAUACAGGCUCAAUCGAGCGACCAUUGGGACCGUAUACGAGGGGAUGGCGACUCUGAUCGGAGUACCAAGGCCAUAAACGAUCAUGAGAUAUUCACACACAAGACGUAUACCAUCGAGUAUCACAACAAGUCACAAACGCAGCCUCAGGAGUUUUAGAACAUGCAGUGCGUGCAGGCAACUGGCCUCAGUGGUGUAGGAAUUGUAGAGAUGUAUCGGUAGUAAUAGGGAUCACAAAAUGAUAUGAUGGGUUUGAGUAUGUAAUAUAUGGUUGGCGUCAUGUAAUGGAGGGAGAACGGAGGCCUAUAAUGAAGAAAACGUCGUCGGUCACAAAUCAAUCGCGCAUACGGGAAUU